AUGCUGGAGGGGGUGCUCAUAUGCGAUGUGAAGGUGAGGCACAGACAGCAGCCUGUUAAGUCUGUGAUGAAGAUUGUGCCAAUGAAGUAUGAGAAGAAAAUGUAUCUGCUGUCAACUUUUCUCUUUCUCUGGCUCCCAGGUUGUUUCUCCUCUGAAAACCUAUGGAGCCCUGAUCAUGUGAAUUUUGAAGAGAAUAGUUUGGGGACUGUAAAUUGCAGUUACGCAAAGGGAUGGGAGCAGUAUGUAAAGUGGUGGUGUCGAGGAGCUAAUUGGUAUUGUGAAAUUCUUGUAAAAACCAAGGAAUCAGAGAGCGUGAAAGACCGUGUAUCUAUCCAGGAUGAUGUCGCAGCACACAUAUUCACAGUGACAAUAAAAGACAUCAGAAAAGGAGAUGAAGACUUUUAUUGGUGCGGGAUUGAGAAGUACGGAGUUGACAUUGGAAAACGGAUUCGACUGACAGUUUCCCCAGUGCCAACUACAGUGAAGACAGCCACUAAUGCCAGAACUACAAAUACAGCCACUAAUGCCAGAACUACAAAUGUGAUAACCAUCAAAAGUACAAGAAACAUCACAGGAAUAGUAAACAACUAUUCUAACAAAAGGUUUAAAAUCACAGAUCUCCAACACCUACUGCCCAUCAUCUUUGGCAUUUUAUUGGUAAUGUUUGUGGGGGCAUCCAUUCUGGUUUGGAGAAUGAUGCUGAAACAGAAAAAAGAAGCUGAAAAACUUGCCAAGAAGCAGUCCACGGAGGAGGGCAUUUGUUAUGCAAAUCUGACCCUGCAGCAGAGGACAUCCAGAGAUGCCCCUCUAGAUUCUCCAGAGGCAGAGGCUUCACCGGAAGCCUCCAACAGAGUCAAUAGCAUCUACAGCGAAGUAGAAUAUGUCACUAUGGCUUCUCUCAGAGAAGAGAAUAUAUCCUAUGCUACUCUUUCUCUGCAUACCCCAGACCAGACCUCAAUAUAUACCAAUAUGGGAAAUCUGAACUCCCAACAUCACCUGAGAAAUCCUAUUGAGAAAAAUUAAUACAGCAUGUAAAAGAAGACUUAGUUUUUCCCUUAGUACUUCUCUGCUCUUAGCCCGGACUUGACUUGCUUCCUGACGCCUCCUCUUUCAUCUUCUCUACC